GCUUCUUCUUUACCCUUUUCUUGUUUCUAAUCAAAUCCUCUAAAAGUUUCCUCCUUUGUUCUGAGUAAUCUUUGUUAAGGAAUGAAUCGGAGGAAGCAAGUGAAGCGUAGAGUAGGUAAAUAUGAAGUUGGAAGAACAAUUGGAGAAGGAACUUUUGCUAAAGUUAAGUUUGCUAGAAACUCUGAAACUGGAGAACCUGUUGCUCUCAAGAUUCUUGAUAAAGACAAAGUUCUCAACCAUAAAAUGGCUGAACAGGUGAUGGCAAGUAAGACGAAAAUAUUUAUCAUCUUUGAUAAGAAAACGAGGCGCGGAGAUAUUUCCAACAGCUUAUACAUGCAGUGGACUACCCUCAUAGCAGAGGUGUCUACCAUAGAGACCUUAAGGUACUUCAUAUGAACAUAAUUACAUAAAAUGGUUUAAUAGAUAGUAGGACUGGAA